AUGCCUAAACUUCUACAAGGAAUCAUCACUGUCAUUGACGUUUUCUACCAAUAUGCCACCCAGCAAGGGGAAUGUGAUAUGUUAAACAAAACAGAGCUAAAAGAACUUUUGGGAAAUGAGUUUCGUCAAAUUCUAAAGAAACCAGAUGAUCCAGACACUGUAGAUGUCAUCAUGCAAAGUCUGGAUAGAGACCAUAACAAGAAAGUGGACUUUAUUGAAUAUCUUCUGAUGAUAUUCAAGCUGGCUCAGGCUUGUAAUAAAAUCAUUGGCAAAGAUUACUGCCAAGCUUCAGGGUCAAAGCAGAGAGAUCACAGUCACCAGCACCAAGAGGAACAAAACGAAACCGAAGAAAAGCAGGACAAAGGGCAAGAAUCCUCUUCUAGUCAUUCAACUUGUAGUGCAGGAGAGAAUGACUCCUAUUCAAGGUGUUCCAGAGGAAGCCUUAAACACAGACCUGGGUUCAUCUCACAAAGACUGGGGCAUCAAGGAGACUUGCCUGUUUCUGGGUAUAGGCAAAACUCUGUAGAAAGGACAGAGUCAAGUUCAGGCCACUUCAAGGAUAGUGAGAAAAACAAGCAUGGCUCUCAUCAGCAAGAAAGGUCUGAGAGUGAAGGAGUUGAUUAUACUCAUUCAAGUAAUUGUAGAAAAAGGUCAAACUCUGCAAAUUGGUCAGACAGUUGUGGAGAACAAGGGCCAUGCCACUCAGAGGAUCAGUCUUUCAGUUCUGACCAACACUGGUCUAACUCAAAUAAAUCCUUAGGGAAUAGACAACAUAAGAAGAAAUCAAGAAAGUUUCUUGGUAAGCAGCAUCAUAAAUUCAGCUCAGAGAAUUGUGGAGACCAAGACCACUGGUCAGAUUCAAAUGAGCCCACUGGUUGCAGUCAUGGGUCUAGCUUAGGUGAGUCCUCUCAACAGAGAUGGCAUGAAGCAAAUGCAGGAUUUCAAUCAGGAAACUGUGAAGAACAAGGACAUUGUCCUAGUUCAAGUGAGUCCGCUACUUGUGGAAAACACAGGUCAAGCUCAGGCCCAUCCUCUAGUCAAAGACACGGAUCCAGCUUAAGCAGUCAAUCAGGAUAUAGUCAACGACAAAAACAUGGUUCUGAACCAAGACAGUCUUCAAGCUAUGAGUCUGAAGGAGAGUAUGCAUCUGAAUCAGGCAAGUCCAUAAGCAGUGGCAAAAAUCAAUCAAGCUCCUAUCAGUCCUCUACUCAGAGAAAACAUAGCAGCAGCUCAAGUUGUCAGCCAGGAACCCGUGGAAGACAAAAGCAUGGGUCUGCUGUGGGUCAGUCCUCUACCUUUGAUCACCAUGGGUCUGGCUCAGAACAACCUUCUAGCUAUGAUUACCAAGAAUCUGGAUCUGGAGAAUCUUCUGGCUUUGGGCAACAUAGGUCUGGCUCAGGUGAGCCUUCUGGCUCCAGUAAGCAUGGAUGUGGCUCAGGUCAGUCCUCUAGCUAUGGACAACAUGGUUAUACAUCAGGACAGUCAUCAAAUUGUGGCAAACAUGAAUCUAGCUCAGGUCAGUCUUUCAGCUAUGGUCAGUAUGGGUCUGGCUCAAGUCAGUCUUCUCACAGCCAUCAUGGUUCUGGCUCAGGCCAGUAUUCUACACACAACCAACAUAGGUUUGGAUCAGGCUGGUCUUCGAGCCAUGGCCAACAUGGGUCUAGAACAGGUCAGUAUUCUGGCUUUGAGCAACAUGGCUCUGGAUCUGGUGAGUUCUCUAGUUUUACUCAUGAAGGAUCUGGCUCAGGUCACUCCUCUAGAUACAGAAAACAUGCUUCCACAUCAGGACAGUUAACAAGCUAUGGCCAACAGGGGUCUAACUUGGGUCAUUCUUCCAGCUAUGGUCAGCAUGGCUUUGGCUCAAGUCAAUCUUCUAGCUAUGGCCAACAUAGAUCUGGAUCAAGCCGGUCUUCUAGCCCUAGCCAAUAUAGAUCUGGCUCAGGUCACUCUUCCAGCCAUGGCCAACAUGAGUCUGGAUCAGGUCAGUCAUCCAGUUAUGGCCAACAUGGGUCUGAAUCGGGUCAAUCUUCUGGCUUUCACAACCACCAAGGGGCUGGAUCAGGUCAGUCAUCCAGUUAUGGCCAACAUGGGUCUGAAUCAGGUCAAUCUUCUGGCUUUGGGCAACACAGGUCUGGCUCAGGUGAGUCUUCUGGCUUUACACAGCAUGGAUCUGGCUCCCAUCAGUCCUCUAGCUAUGGACAACAUGGUUCUACAUCAGGACAGUCAUCAAGUUGUGGUCAACAUGAAUCUAGUUCAGGUCAGUCUUCCACCUCUGGUCAACAUGGUUCUGGCUCAAGUCAGUCUUCUAGCUAUGGCAGACAUAGAUCUGGAUCAGGCCGGUCUUCCAGCCCUAGCCAACACAGAUCUGCCUCAAGUUAUUCUUCCAGUCAUGGCCAACAGUGGUCUGGAUUGGAUCAGUCUCCUAGCCAUACUCAACAGGAGUCUGGAUCAGGUCAGUCCUCCAGCUAUGGCCAACAUGGGUCUGAAUUAGGUCAGUCUUCUGGCAUCGGGCAACACAGGUCUGGCUCAGGUGAGUCUUCUGGCUUUAGACAGCAUGGAUCUGGCUCCCAUCAGUCCUCUAGCUAUGGACAACAUGGUUCUACAUCAGGACAGUCAUCAAGUUGUGGCCAACAUGAAUCUAGUUCAGGUCAGUCUUCCACCUCUGGUCAACAUGGUUCUGGCUCAAGUCAGUCUUCUAGCUAUGGCAGACAUAGAUCUGGAUCAGGCCGGUCUUCCAGCCCUAGCCAACACAGAUCUGCCUCAAGUUAUUCUUCCAGUCAUGGCCAACAGUGGUCUGGAUUGGAUCAGUCUCCUAGCCAUACUCAACAGGAGUCUGGAUCAGGUCAGUCCUCCAGCUAUGGCCAACAUGGGUCUGAAUUAGGUCAGUCUUCUGGCAUCGGGCAACACAGGUCUGGCUCAGGUGAGUCUUCUGGCUUUAGACAGCAUGGAUCUGGCUCCCAUCAGUCCUCUAGCUAUGGACAACAUAGUUCUAUAUCAGGACAGUCAUCAAGUUGUGGUCAACAUGAAUCUAGCUCAGGUCAGUCUUCCACCUCUGGUCAACAUGGUUCUGGCUCAAGUCAGUCUUCUAGCCACAGUCAACAUGGCUCUGGCUCUGGCUCUGGAUCAGGCCAGUAUUCUAGGCACAGCCAACAUAGGUCUGGAUCAGGCCACUCUUCUAGCCACGGCCAACAUGGGUCUAGAACAGGUCAAUCUUCUGGCUUUGAGCAACAUNCCAAAAUCCAUCUACCUCAAGUCAUUCUUCCAGCUAUGAUCAGUAUGGCUCUGGCUCAAGUCAGUCUUCUAGAUAUAGUCAGCAUAGGUCUGGAUCAGGCCAGUCCUCCAGCUCUAACCAGCAUAAAUAUGGAUCAGGUCAGUAUUCUAGCCCCAGCCAACAUGGGUCUGAAUCAGGUCAGUCCUGAGAUCAGCUCAGGUGAGUCUUCUGGCUUUAAUCAGCAUGGAUCUGGUCCAGGCCAGUCCUCUAGCUAUGGACAACAUAGUUCUACAUCGGGACAGUCAUCAAGUUGUGGCAAACAUGAAUCUAGCUCAGGUCAGUCAUCCACCUCUGGUCAGCAUGGCUUUGGCUCAAGUCAGUCUUCUAGAUAUGGCCGACAUAGGUCUGGAUCAAGCCGGUCUUCUAGCCCUAGCCAAUAUAGAUCUGGCUCAGGUCACUCUUCCAGCCAUGGCCAACAUGAGUCUGGAUCAGGUCAGUCUUCUUGCCACAACUACCAAGGGGCUGGAUCAGGUCAGUCGUCCAGCUAUGGCCAACAUGAGUCUGAAUCAGGUCAGUCUUCUGGCUUUGGGCAACAUAGGUCCGGCUCAGGUGAAUCUUCUGGCUUUAGACAGCAUGGAUCUGGCUCCCAUCAGUCCUCUAGCUAUGGACAAUAUGGUUCUACAUCAGGACAGUCAUCAAGUUCUGGUCAACAUGAAUCUAGCUCAGGUCAGUCUUCCACCUCUGGUCAGCAUGGCUCUGGCUCAAGUCAGUCUUCUAGAUAUGGCCGACAUAGGUCUGGAUCAAGCCGGUCUUCCAGCCCUAGCCAAUAUAGAUCUGGCUCAGGUCACUCUUCCAGCCAUGGCCAACAUGAGUCUGGAUCAGGUCAGUCUUCUUGCCACAACUACCAAGGGGCUGGAUCAGGUCAGUCGUACAGCUAUGGCCAACAUGAGUCUGAAUCAGGUCAGUCUUCUGGCUUUGGGCAACAUAGGUCCGGCUCAGGUGAAUCUUCUGGCUUUAGACAGCAUGGAUCUGGCUCCCAUCAGUCCUCUAGCUAUGGACAAUAUGGUUCUACAUCAGGACAGUCAUCAAGUUCUGGUCAACAUGAAUCUAGCUCAGGUCAGUCUUCCACCUCUGGUCAGCAUGGCUCUGGCUCAAGUCAGUCUUCUAGCCACAGCCAACAUGGCUCUGGCUCAGACAAGUAUCCUAGGCACAGCCAGCACAGGUCUGGAUCAGGUCACUCUUCUAGCCAUGGCCAACAUGGGUCUAGAACAGGUCAAUCUUCUGGCUUUGAGCAACAUGGCUCUGGCUCUGGUGAGUCUUCUGGUUUUACUCAGCAAGGAUCUGGCUCUGGUCAAUCUUCUAGCUAUGGACAAUGUGGUUCUACAUUAGGAAAGUCAUCAAGCUGUGUCCAAAAUCCAUCUACCUCAAGUCAUUCUUCCAGCUAUGAUCAGUAUGGCUCUGGCUCAAGUCAGUCUUCUAGAUAUAGUCAGCAUAGGUCUGGAUCAGGCCAGUCCUCCAGCUCUAACCAGCAUAAAUAUGGAUCAGGUCAGUAUUCUAGCCCCAGCCAACAUGGGUCUGAAUCAGGUCAGUCCUUCAGCUCUGGCAAAUAUGGGUCUGAAUCAGGUCAGUCUUCUAGCUAUGGCCAACACAGAUCUAGCUCAGGCCAGUCAUCCAGCUAUGGUCAGCAUUGGUCUGGUUCAAGUCAGUCUUCUAGCUAUGGCCAACACAGAUCUAGCUCUGGCCAGUCAUCCAGCUAUGGUCAGCAUUGGUCUGGUUCAAGUCAGUCUUCGAGCUGUGACCAACAUGGGUCUGGAUCAGGCCAAUCUUCCACCCACAGCCAACAUAGAUCUGGCUCAGGUUGGUCUUCUAUCCAUGGCCAACAUGGCUCUGGCUCAGGUCAGUCUUCUAGCUAUGACCAACACAGAUUUAGAUCAGGCCAGUCUUCUAGCCACAGCCAACAAGGGUCUGGAUCAGGUCAGUCAUCUGGCUUUGAGCAACAUGGUUCUGGAACAGGUCAGUCUUCUAGCUUUGGGCAACAUGGUUCUGGUUCAGGAGAGUCUCCUUGCUUUGGUCAGCAUGGAUCUGGCUCAGGUGAGUCUUCUAGCUAUAACAAACAUGGGUCUAGUUCAGGUCAAUCAACCAGCUACAGUCAGCAUGAGUCUGGCUCGGGGCAGUCUUCUAGCUAUGGCAAAUAUGGAUCUGGAUCAGGUGAGUCUUUUGGCUCUAGUCAGUAUGGAUCUUCCUCAGGUCUGGCUCAGGUGAGCUUUCUUGCUCUAGUGAGCAUGGAUCUUCCUCAGGUCAGUCCUCUAGCUUUGGACAAUAUGGUUCUACAUCAGGACAGUCAUCAAGUUGUGGCCUACAUGGAUCUGCCUCAGGUCAUUAUUCUAGCCACAGUGAGCAUGGGUCUGGAUUGGGUCAUUGCUGUAGCUCUGAACAAUAUCAGUCUGGCUCACAUUCCUCAUCCAGCUCUGGAGAAUAUGGUUCUGGAUCUGAACAGGAGGCUGCAGCCGGCGCCCCCGGAAAGCCACACCAGCGAGCUCGGUGCCGGGGACGCGCGCUGGGCCCUCCAGCCCCGCACGGCCCCUCGCAGCAGCAGGAGCAGCGGCGGCCAGGAGCGCUGGUCCCGGCAGUGCGACCCCUGUGCCCGGAAGUGGGUUUCUCCACGGCCCUCAUCCCCUCGGCCUGCGGCUGAGUUCGUCGUGCUGAUUCCGAACGCACUGCCCCAGUAA